AUGAAAUCUUAGAAUUCUAAAAAACCAAAUUUGAAGAUAACUUUAGAUAAGAAAUCAGUUGCACAAUUAUCAAAAUUAGAUAAACCCCCUAGCUCUAAUUGUUCUUAAAAGACCAUGUCCUCUAUUGAUAAGGUAUAUUAAUAAGACUAAUUUAUUUGAUUUAGACUACUGCUUCUUCAUAGCAAAUAAGUUUCAAAUUUAAAGAAAGUUUCUUAACUCCCAAUCCUUCAUUCAUUUCGGAGGGAGAAAAUAAAUGUAUUUUCGCUUUAUUUAUAAUAUCAGCUAAUGAACCUCAUUAAUCUAAAUUCAUCUAAUUUCUGAUUCAAGAGAAUUUACAACUUAUAAAACAAAAUUCAGACAAAGACAAAUUAAUUACAAAACUUUUAACAACAAAGAAGAAGCCUCUAGUUUUAUAAAGAGCAAAUACAUCCAAUACAGAAAGAAAUAUGAAUAAAUAUACAUCAAUAGAGCAGUAACAUUUAUAAUUAGAAGAUCUAGAAAAAAGAAUGAAUUUAAGAAACCCACUUCCCCUUUAGGAUUCACUUUUUGUAAUACCGAAUAAGUGAAUGAUGUCAGAACCAUUUAAAGUCAACCAAUGACAACUUCUACUAAUAGACUACCUAAAGAAUUUUAAAUUGUACCAAAACAAAGAAAGUUUUUCAUUUGA